CUUCCGCUAAAUUAAAUCGGAAGUAAGUACGUGGCUGCUUCAGGCAGCUCAUAUUCUGCAUGAUGGCGACAGAGGUUCAGAGCGGCGACCUCAACAAUGGCAGUUCUAGCCGGCUCGAAGUCUCAAUCGAUGGCCUCACCCUCAGCCCGGAUCCCGAGGGCGAGCAGGAGCAAGUCUUUGAACCGGACCCCGUGCCCGCGGAGCAGGAGACCGAGGACCAGAGCACCGCCGAAGCCACCGACGAUGGGCAGGAAGGCGAGUCUGCCAAAACCACGAUAGAGAGGAAAUGGGGCUUUGGUUUGCUGGAGCUAUACGGACUAGCAUUGAAAUUCUUCAAAGAUAAGGAUGGGAAGGCCUUUCACCCCACCUAUGAGGAGAAGCUUCGUCUGGUGGCCCUCCACAAGCAGGUGUUACUGGGGCCAUACAACCUCGACGCCUCUCCAGAGGUGGGCUUCUUUGACGUCCUGGGCAAUGACCGCAGGAAAGAGUGGGCUGCUCUGGGUAACAUGGAGAAGGAGGAGGCCAUGGUGGAGUUUGUCAAGCUGUUGAACAAAUGCUGUAAUUUAUUCGCUCCUUACGUCACCUCCCACCAAAUAGAGAAGAAGGAGCAGGAAAGGAAACGGAGGGAGGAGGAGGAACGACAGCGCCGGGAGGAUGAAGAGCGGGAACGACAGAGACAGGAGGAGGAGAGGCAGAGGCUGGAGGAGGAGGAGAGGCUGAAGAGGGAGGAGGAGGAAAGGAGACAGUUGGAUGAGGAGAGGCUACGGGUGGAGCAGCAUAAACAGCAGAUCAUGGCAGCAUUGAAUGCCCAGACAGCGGUGCAGUUUCAGCAGUAUGCUGCCCAACAGUAUCCAGAGAGCCCUGAGCAGCAGCUGGGUCUCAUACGCCAGCUGCAGGAACAACACUACCAACAGUACAUGCAGCAGCUCUACCAAGUCCAGCUGGCUCAGCAACAGGCAGCCUUACAGAAGCAGCAGGAGGAUGCGGUGGUGCAGGCUACCCUGGAGGUCACAACUGAGCCUGUAGCUGCAGUGCCCCCGGCUAGAGAGGAGGUCCCCAUGCUCAACGGCCAGUCGGACUCCCACUCUGAGAGCAUGGACAAAGAGCCAGAACCCCUCGAGCCUGCCGACGAGGCCACUGAGAAUGGACCCAUGGGUACACGCACGCAUCGACCAGCAGACUCUUCCCCGGUCAUCGCGGCUCCCUCCAUGUGGACGCGGCCCCAGAUCAAGGACUUCAAGGAGAAGAUCCGACAGGACGUGGACAGUGUGAUCACGGUGGGGCGUGGUGAGGUGGUGACGGUGCGUGUGCCCACCCACGAGGAGGGCUCCUACCUUUUCUGGGAGUUCGCCACGGACCACUACGACAUCGGCUUCGGGGUCCUCUUCGAGUGGACUGAUGCCACCAACGCCUCAGUCAGCGUGCACGUCAGCGAGUCAAGCGACGAAGACGAGGAUGAGGAAGGGGAGCCUCCCAGGGAGGGGGUGAAGCUUAAGAAGGGGGCAGGGAAGCCCCAGGUGGAUGAGAUAGUGCCGGUGUACCGGCGGGACUGUCACGAGGAGGUAUACGCUGGCAGUCACCAAUACCCCGGCCGUGGAGUCUACCUGCUCAAGUUCGACAACUCCUACUCUCUCUGGAGGUCCAAGAGCGUCUACUACAGAGUCUACUACACCAGAUAAGCCUGGAGAUGGACUGGGGGAGGGUGGGGUGUGCCUGUACAUUAAGAGAGGGGGAGGGGGGUGAGAGGAUCUGUUCUGGACAAGACCACCAGAGGGUGACAGAAAUGUCAGACUCAGUUUGGAGAUGGGAACUUCUAUCUGUUUGGUGUGUGUGUGUGUGUGUGUGUGUGUGUAUACACCUCGUUGGAGUUUGGGGGGGAAGUUAACGCUGUAGUCUGUUCGCCGACCUGUCUUUUCUCUCUGAGACCACCUCUAGGACUCUGUAUUAAUGUCUGUCUUCCCUGCACAAAGGUCAUCUAACCCACAGUCUAUGUUCUGUCAUGUCAUGUCAUUGUUAUGGCUGUGCUUCUAUCUGACUGAGACGCUUCUUAACCGGAGUUUACAUAUUUCAACACAGAGCUGAAGUUCAUACAGGGUUUUGUCCAAUGAGAGAAGUCCUGGACAAACAGAGUCCAAACAGAGUGACACACUACACUACAGCACCAUGCCUUUGUACUAUAGCAGGAGUCCCUUAUACACCAACACUGAGUAACACACUCAACUGAACAGUCAAUCGCUCCUGUAGUGGCAAUACUGCUGCGGAAAGAGCUACACCCAGAUCCACAUGAACGCCUAGCCCCUACCACCUACACCCUACUGGGAUCUGAGAGGGUUGGAUUAUAGGCAUAAGCAAUACGGCUUAUCUGUGCAAACUUUACACAUCUCCACAAGUACAUAGGGAGACGGGGCUAGGGGUAGAUUGGGUUCUAUUCUACUGAACGAGGGAUCAUUGAGAAGUGGGGAAGGGUUAUUGGUGGUGGAAGAGGGGAUAUGACAUGUACAUUGGAAAGUAUGGUUGAGGCCUUGUAAAUUUGGGCAUCUCGAAAUGGAAUGCUGAAAAAAGGUGAUUGUCUAAAAAGGAUUUAAUAAAUAUUUAUUUGCCCUUUCUUGUAGAGUAGGAUCAUUUUUGUGUCUGUAUAAUAUUUGGGUGUAUUUCAUCUCCAGUGGCCUCCCUGCUUCAGGAGACAUGUCUCUUUAGAUCAGGGUUCCCAAAUCGGUGGCCUGCAGGUGAUUUAAAAAAAAAUAAAUUAUUUGGUCCCCUAAGUUUAUUUGGUCCCCUCUGUAGGACAGAAGACUAAAAUCAACAGGAAAUCAGCUCAGUGAUUUUUAAUUUAGGAGAUCUGUUCCCAAGUAUUCCCACACAGAAAUAGAAAGGGAUACGAUCACAUAUGCCAAUGUAAUCGAGGUUUAAAAUUAUUCAGUUUUUGAAUCUUGCAGUCAAUUUGCAGUGUAUAAAUUAUAAUUGUUCGGCCUCCCGACUAUCCGCUCAAGGAGAACUGGUCACAUGGCUGAAUGUAAUGGACCCCGCUUUAGAUGCUUGCUUUUCUUUAUGGCCGCUGGUCUCAGGACAUGACAGGUUUCCAUCCUUAUCAUUUUCACCUGUCGGUCUAUCCCUAUAAGAGGGCAAGGAAAGCAAGCCAGUAAAGAGUAUUGGGACAUACCACAUGUCUGUUCAGCGGGAGACUGGACACUGUCCUCUAUUGGCAAUUGUGUGUUGAGUUUGUCACUAAUUUGAUUUGACUCAUACAUACGCUAACAAUCCAAGAAGAUUUUUGCCUUUUGUUUUGGUCAUUUCACUGUUACAUCUCUAUAGCAUUUAAUCUUUCAGAAGUCCACAGCCAAGCACAAUAUUGGCUGCAUUUAUGUCAUCAUUUGAUGGAUUGAUUCAGAUUUGUCAUCUCAAAUAUGGCUUUGAACUAUCGCUAAUAAACUGGUCAUUCAUGUCUCUGGUUGAGAGUAAUGCUCUCUGGUCACGUCUAGCUCUCUGGUCGUUCAUGUCUCUGGUUGAGAGUAAUGCUCUCUGGUCACGUCUAGCUCUCUGGUCGUUCAUGUCUCUGGUUGAGAGUAAUGCUCUCUGGUCGUUCAUGUCUCUGGUUGAGAGUAAUCAGUUAUUGAGCUCAGACUGAGCUUAGUGUUUAACUCUUAUGAUUUCUGAGUUUAUUUUGCUGGCAUUAUUUGGUAUUGUUCAGACUGUUCACCUACCUUACAUCUGCAUGCUUUGUGUUUCACUUGAAGUCAGAUGGCCACCAGGGUUUGUUGAUGAGUUGUUCUUCUUUUGAAAGACUUUUCGAUGAAUCCUACUGUUUGGUUUCUGAUGGAUGACCAAGUCUCCUUUCAAAUGAGUCAACACGGGUCAGACUUGGGCUUAUCGGUAGGCCUGAUUCUAAUCACGACUCCCUCUCCUAGUUGGAUGUUCCUCCUUGUUGUUUUGUUCAUUUGUUUAAAGUACUUUUGCUCACCAACUAGUAGCCUAAUGAUACAGAUUGUUCAAGCCUUGUAUGUAAAUAAUUAUAAAUGGAUUUUAAGUGUGUGGGGGGGGGGGCACAAUGGGUUGAGAAGUGAUGCACUGUAGUAUGGUGAAUGAGAUUAUGUAUAUUGUUUCCCCAAAAAGUCAAACUCAAGUGUAAACUGAAAGACAAUGAACUGUGGAAAAAUGCUCAUCCAUGUUUGUAUUGCUUUGACUGUAUGUUCUGUAUUGAUCUGUAUGAGUUUGAAGAAUCUGGGCAUAUAUUUAACCUCGAUUACAUUUAUGCUCAUCUCUCUUACCUGAAUUUCUUCUCACGUGUUUUUAUUUUAUUUUUACAAUGUAAAUGUUAAAUUUAGAGGUACAUUUUGUUCUACUUUUUGUUACAGUCCAGGUGUUAAGAUUAUGUAGUAGACCUUCAUCAGUCUCAUUACAGAUGUUUCUUUUGCAAUCUUUUAGAAAUGAUCAUUUUAUAAACGUUGUGUACACUCUGUCCCAAAACAUGUGUGCCAGUUUUCAUGCAAAAUGUGUCAUUUUAUAAAAAUUAAAUUUGAGUUGAGAAUGUG